GCGCGUAACAAAUAAACUAGAAAACCAGCCAAAAUAAAAAAUUAAAAAAAAAAAAAAAAAAGAAUAAAAAGUGAACUAUAUAGAAAAUCCAAAUUUACGUGCGUGUUGUCUGUCGUGUGCGCAAAAAAAGAUUUGUUUCGAAAUUCAAACGAUUGAAACAAUCAACAACUAGCCCUAGAAUCCAUUAACUUAUUAACAUAUAGCUAUACAAGAUGACCAAAGUGGAGCUUUAUAAAUCGCGUGUCUUUGUGACAAUCAUUCACCUGUGUGCGCUGGGCCAAUUCGCUUAUGGACUGUAUUACAGUAGCUUUGAGGUGCAACGCAGCUACAAAUUAAAGACGAGCUUCAGUCGUCGCCUGGUGCCCGAAACUUUUCCACAAAAAUUACGAUUUCUCAGCUAUUGGUCGCUGAUAAUACAAGCCCUGUAUUACGUUGUCUCCCUCGUGAAUGAUUUUGUGGGCACAAAUGAGCUGGUUCCACGGCGAGCGCCCGCUAUACGGAAAUUCAAGGAUUGGUUGCUAUCUACACUGGCCUUUCCGGUCGCUCUGAAUGUGGGCAUAACGUUCUGGACCCUCUACGCCAUCGAUCGUGAAUUAGUCUUUCCUAAGGUGCUGGAUCCUGUCUUCCCCAGCUGGCUCAAUCAUGUAUUGCAUACAAAUAUUGUUGUCUUCAUUGUCUUGGAGAUGUUUACAUCAUACCGUGCUUAUCCAACACGCAGCAAGGGAUUAACUGGUCUCACCAUCUUUAUGGGCAGCUAUCUGGUCUGGAUACAUAUUAUCAAACACUACUCCAAUGUCUGGGUAUAUCCUGUCUUGGAGGUCCUGCAGCUGCCACAGCGUAUUCUAUUCUUCGCCGCUGUGUUGGGCUUCACCUUUGCUCUCUAUCUGCUCGGAGAGUUCAUCAACAAUGUUGUUUGGGCCAAGGAAGUCAAACUAUCGCUGCGCAAAUCCAAGUAGGCUGUGUAUGUCUUACAGAAUCCCCUCAAGUAGUCAAUAAAAAUAAUGAAUUUUACACCAAUUGAAAACUUAAUUAAAUUGCUGAUAUCUAAUGCUACACGUAAACUCUUUAGUAAAUUGACUAAAUAGCGUUUGAAGUAUUAGAUUGCACAUUUGCAAAUUUCAAGUUCGAGUAUGCGUUGUUUAUAUUAGAUGAGCAUCAUUAAUUUAUCAAUUGCCUAAUAAUUCAUAUCAAAUGCAAAUGAAGCACUGCAAAAUAAAUAACUUAAAACUUA